AUGAAGUUCCCCCUUCUCGUUGCAGCUGUCAGCCUCUUGGCGGGGCAUUUGGCCCGAGCAGCCACCGUACCCAAGCGCCAGUCCACGAACAAGCGCGGGCUAUCAUUCACUGACGUCAGUCAGACCACCCCCUUCGGAAACAGUAUCUCUUGGGUAUUCAACUGGGCUCCCCAGAUGAGUGGUACCCUGACACCUGGUGUUGAAUACGUGCCCAUGCUAUGGGGGACUUCCGACUUUGCUUCAUGGAAUGCCAGUGCGAAAGCCGCCAUUGAGGGCGGGUCCGUCCAUCUGUUAGGCUUCAACGAACCAGAUCAGUCAGAUCAAGCAAAUAUGAGCCCGAUCUACGCCGCAGAUGCCUGGAGACAGUACAUGGAACCCUUCGCAGGUCAAGCUAAACUUGUUUCUCCGGCUAUUCUCAAUGGUCCUCAAGGAAAGGCGUGGAUGGACCAGUUCUUCCAAGCGUGCUCAGAUUGCACAGUGGAUGCUGUUGCUCUCCACAUCUACAACGUUGAUGAAGCCGCCGACGUCGACUCCUACGAGGAGUCCGUCACCGCUAUGUAUAAUACCUACAAUAGGCCCGUAUGGCUCACAGAAUUUGCCGAUACGGGCGAGUCGACGUCCGACCAGCAGACCUUCCUCACCCAGAUCCAGCCAUUCUUAGAUGGUGCUGAUUUUGUGGAGCGUUAUGCCUACUUCAGUUUGGAUGAAAGCAGCACCGGCGUUACCUCAAUCUUUGUCAACCCUGACGGGACUCUCUCCGAUCUGGGCCAGACAUAUGCGUCUGCUUGA